GGCCCGCCUCCUCCCUGGGCCGCGGAGGACGGAGGACGGAGGACCGAAGAUCGAGGCCUAGACCUGGGCGAGCGAUGCUUCCCGACCAGGCUACCACCUGGUACCGGCGCAUGUGCGCGCUCUACGCGAUCGGCGCUUGGAGUCUGGUGGGCUCCUUGUUUUUUUACUACGGCCAAAAAAAGAGCAAGCCGCUAGAAUGUGAGGAAGUAGAGCAAAAGGAUGUCUCAACAUUUGAACUGCCUGAGCCCCCUAAAGGGUUUUAUGUGGAAACGAUUGUCACCUAUAAAGAAGAUUUUGUCCCAAUCACUGACAAGAUCCUCAACUAUUUGAAAUCAUGGACUGGUGGCCCUGGCCCGAAAUCCUGACUUGACUCCUGAAUUCUGAAAACCAGGGCUCGGGAUCAAGCCAGGCCUAGAAGACAUCAUUUCCCACUACUGUGCCAAAGUCUGACCAGCCUCCCUCCCAUCCAAUGUCUGUCUUCUACCCAGAGGAGAGCCUCACUUCAGCUUUUAUCAGAUCCCUGCCCUGUGGGCUAUUGAGUAGUGCUCAGUUGCUAGUAAAAUUGCGUUUGUUUCACA